AUGGCUGGAACCUCUGGACAAACGGACGACCAAGCUGGCAUCUUCGACAAACAACAAUCUCUGUGGUUCGUACACAACACCUCGCCGUCAGUAAUGAGAGCGUUCACAUCAGUUGUCGCUCAUCUAUUCAAAGUACCGGCGAAGGACGAAUCGCUUACUUCACCCACCAAAGACCAGAGUCGCCUGGGAAACCCGGACAAGAUGUCUCAGAGCCAAGUACAUCAGAAAUUGGAAGAAGUCCUGGCACAGCUCGUCGCAGCCCAAGGAGAGCUGGUAUGUUAUGACUUCAUGGUGACAUCUUGACCAAGCUAACAUUGCGCUGCACAGGACGCGGAGAAGGCGCUUCUUGCUGAGUUGGAGGCAUGGGCCACUGAGUUGGGGUCCGCUCCAGAGGCUGCUCCGAUCGACACAAGCAUCGAAGAAAACAACGCCGGCUUGCCGCUGAAUGCAAUGGUGGAGAAUAUCGAGAGAAUGCCACGCCUGACCAACAUCGUCGCCUCUACCACCACGGACUUGGUGGCUGCUGUGAGCAAGAGCGUCAGUCUUGUCCUGACACCACUUUGGAACUCCGCCCUCGAUGCGAGCAAGGCUAUUGAGCAGCGUCGCAAUGCUCUCCAGGGACCGCCUCGUCUCAUGUUCGAGGACCGUGUGGGUCAGACGUUUGGUCUGAAGAUUCAAAAAUUGGAGCAUGCUACGAUUGAACUCGGCAACCAGUUGAGCGAGGCGCAAGUCCAAGAGGUCCUGGUCGACAUCGGGCUUGUCUUGGAUUUGAUCAAGUCGAUCGGUGAGCUUGCGAGCACCGUUGUCGGGGGCGCGGAGAAGGUCUUGAAGGACAACUGA